GUAACUUUUUGCAAGUCAGAUUGGCCCACCUUCCAAGUGGGAUGGCCCCCAGAGGGAACCUUCCACCUCCCAACUAUCCAAAAGGUCAAAGAUAAAAUCUUCCAAUCAGGAAAAAUUGGCCACCCAGAUCAAAUUCCCUACAUUUUAACCUGGGAGAACUUGGUAGAUAAUAACCCUCCAACCUGGCUUUCUCCCUUCCUACCACCGCCGCCCUCCCCCACAACUAAGAUGCUUGCCCUAAAGAAGUUAGAUUCGUCAGAAAAGCCCACAGCUCCCCACCCUAUUCUCCCGGAGGAUGAUCCAGACCCCCUUCUUGUUAAUCCUCCCCCUUAUAUGCAAGCCCCUAUUCCUCCUCAGGACCCAGGACCGGAGGCUACAGAAGAGAGAGAAGCGGCUACGUCCGAAAACGAGGAAGAAAGAACUGGCUCGGGAGGGCUGGCAAGGCGAACGCGGAGCCGAGCUCAGCGGGCAGCCGGCCCCUCCCGACCAGAAGCUCCAGAUUCCACGGUCGCUCUGCCGCUCCGAGAAACUGGGCCGCCAGACAAUGCUGGCAACCCCCGGCUUCAAUAUUGGCCCUUCUCUACAAGCGAUUUAUAUAAUUGGAAAAAUCAAAAUGCUAAAUUUUCCGACAAUCCUAAAGACUUGAUUUCCCUUUUAGAUAGUGUCAUGUUUACACAUCAGCCUACUUGGGAUGACUGUCAGCAGCUACUCCGGAUUUUGUUCACAACCGAGGAACGUGAAAGAAUCCAGAUGGAAGCCAGAAAGUUGGUCCCAGGAGAUGAUGGACAACCCACUGUAAACCCUGAUUUAAUUAAUGCUUCUUUCCCCUUGUCCAGGCCUCCGCAAGAUGAAUGGAACUACAAUACGGCUGAAGGUAAGGAGAGACUCCGGGUUUAUCGCCAGACUCUAAUGGGGGGUCUCCGAGCAGCAGCUCGCAAACCCACUAAUUUGGCCAAGGUGUAUUCAGUCAUGCAAGAAAAACAGGAAUCACCUUCAGCUUAUUUAGAAAGAUUGAUGGAAGCAUUUAGACAGUAUACUCCUAUGAAUCCAGAGUCCCCAGAGAAUCAGGCAGCAGUAGUAAUGAGCUUUGUUAACCAGGCAGCACCGGACAUAAGGCGUAAGCUACAAAGAAUAGAGGAUUUGGAAGGGAAAAGUAUUCAAGACUUAAUGAGAAUAGCCCAGCAGGUAUUCAGUAACAGAGAUGCACCAGAGGAAAAGCAGCUUAGGGCUACUAGGGAGAUGACCAAAGCAUUAGCAGUAGCAGUGCAGGGAGGGAGAGCAGAAAAAGAAGGAAACAGACUCCCGAGUAAUCGACCACCACCUGGAAAGUCCAGAGUGCAUGAUCUGGGUCAGAAUCAGUGCGCCUACUGUAAGGAGGAAGGUCAUUGGGCUAGAGAUUGCCCUAAAAAGAAGAACCAUAGAACCAGAGAUGGUAAAUGGACAACUAGGAGACCAUCAGUCCUGGUCACCCGAGAUGAAAUGCAUGAUUAGGGGCGACGGGGUUCGGAACCCCUCCCCGAACCUAGGGUAACUCUGAAAGUGGAGGGGACUCCAGUGCAGUUUUUGGUGGAUACAGGAGCUCAAUAUUCAGCCUUGACUGACCCUCAAGGAAAGAUAUCAACAAGCACCUCAUGGGUGCAAGGGGCUACAGGGAUUAAAAAGUGCCCUUGGACAACCAAAAGAACAGUAGACUUGGGAACGGGAAAAGUGUCUCACUCGUUCUUAGUCAUACCUGACAGCCCCUAUCCCUUGUUGGGAAGAGAUUUAUUAACCAAAAUCGGGGCUCAAAUUAAUUUUCACCCUGAAGGUGCCCAGGUAACCGAUGGGCAAGGAAAAUUGCUACCUAUGCUAACUCUUACUUUGGAGGAGGAAUAUCGGUUACACCAGCAGCCGCGGUCCCCUGAUAAAAACAUUGAAGACUGGGUAAGGCGGUUUCCAGAUGCCUGGGCAGAGACUGGGGGAAUUGGGUUGGCUAAACAUCGGCCCGCCCUCUAUAUAGAAAUAAAACCAGGAGCUAACCCCGUUAGGGUUAAACAAUACUCCAUGCCCAGGGAAGCUCAAAUAGGAAUAACCCCCCAUAUCCGGCGACUGCUGAACCAAGGAGUACUACGUCCUUGCCGAUCGGCAUGGAACACCCCCCUGCUUCCAAUACGGAAGCCUAACUCAAACGAGUACCGCCCAGUUCAGGACUUAAGAGAAGUAAACAAAAGGGUGGCAGACAUACACCCUACUGUGCCUAAUCCGUACACACUUCUGAGUGCGCUUCCCCCUUACAGACAAUGGUAUACGGUGCUGGAUUUAAAAGAUGCCUUUUUCAGCCUGCCUCUAGCUCCAAAGAGCCAAGAGCUAUUUGCCUUUGAAUGGACAGACAUUGAUGAGGGUAUAAAUGGACAACUUACCUGGACGAGAUUGCCGCAAGGAUUCAAAAAUUCUCCCACCUUGUUUGACGAAGCUCUACAUGAGGACUUGGGUGAGUUCAGGCAAAAUCAUCCCAACCUAACUUUGUUACAAUAUGUAGAUGAUCUCCUUAUAGCUGCUGAAAACUGGGAUGAAUGCAUCCAAGGGACAGAAGAUUUACUCCAGACACUGGGCACCUUGGGAUAUCGGGCGUCAGCAAAGAAAGCUCAAAUCUGCAGACCUGAGGUAACAUACUUGGGCUAUCUCCUAAGGGAAGGCAAACGAUGGUUGACACAAGCCCGCAAAGAGACUGUUCUAAGAAUCCCAAAGCCCCAGUCCCCACGUCAAGUAAGGGAAUUCCUCGGAUCGGCUGGCUUCUGUCGACUCUGGAUCCCAGGGUUUGCGGAAUUAGCCAAACCACUGUAUGAGGCCACAAAAGACAAGCAGCCUUUUAAUUGGACAAUAGAAGCAGAUACAGCAUUCCAACAAAUCAAGGAUGCCCUCUUGUCAGCCCCAGCUCUGGGGCUUCCCGAUGUCGUUAAACCAUUCUUCCUCUAUAUAGAUGAAAGUAAAGGGAUCGCAAAAGGAGUUUUGACUCAAUACCUAGGCCCCUGGAGGAGACCAAUAGCAUACUUGUCAAAAAAACUGGAUCCAGUGGCUGCGGGCUGGCCCCCAUGCCUACGUAUGAUUGCAGCCACAGCCCUAAUGGUAAAAGAUGCUGAUAAAUUGACAAUGGGACAAGAAUUACAUGUGGUCACUCCACAUGCUAUUGAGGGAAUCCUGAAACAACCUCCAGAUCGAUGGCUCAGUAAUGCUCGGCUCACACAUUAUCAGGGCUUAUUACUUAACCCUCUCAGGAUUAUUUUUCAGGCACCCUCAGCACUCAACCCUGCUACACUGCUUCCUGACCCUGACCUGGACACACCCAUACAUGACUGCUCGGAAAUCCUAGCCCAGGUUCAUGGGCUCAGAGAAGACCUGCAAGAUUAUCCGCUGCUUGAUGCAGAUGCAGUAUGGUUCACGGAUGGGAGCAGCUUUCUACAUCAGGGUCAAAGGUAUGCGGGUGCAGCAGUAGUGACUGAGACAGAGGUGAUUUGGGCUGAGCCCCUACCAAUAGGCACCUCUGCCCAGAAGGCAGAACUGAUAGCCAUGACUAAGGCCCUAAUGAUGGGAAAAGACAAAAAAUUGACUGUAUACACGGACAGUCGUUAUGCCUUUGCAACUGCCCAUAUUCAUGGGGCUAUUUACAGAGAAAGGGGAAUGCUAACUGCAGAGGGGAAAUCUAUUAAAAACAAGGAAGAAAUUGUGUCCCUGAUAGACGCCCUCUGGUUACCCAAGAAAUUGGCUAUCGUACAUUGCCCUGGGCAUCAAAAACCAUCUGAUCCAGUAUCCAGGGGCAACUGCUUAGCAGACAAAGUGGCACGUGAAAUAGCCCUCCAGAGAGACUUGAUCACGGUUGCUCAACUCCCAGACUCUGGCCCACGAACCCUCCCAAAAGACCCAACCUACACGGAAGAGGACUUAUCAUGGAUUCGCCAGCAACCACUAGCCCAAUGCUCAGAUGGAUGGUGGAAAGACUCUGAAAACCGGAUAAUACUUCCAGAGCUGAUGGGGCAGAAAGUGUUGUGCAGGCUCCACCAGACCACCCACAUGGGGACAAGAAAAUUACAGGACUUGAUGCUGCAAGCAGGAAUUAAAAUUAAAGGUGUACAAAAUAAGAUAGAACAGAUCGUCAAAAGUUGCAGGGUUUGUAAGUUAACAAAUGCAGGAUAUAGCAAAGGGGAAUCCGGAAAUAGAUUAAGGGGGGAUAGGCCAGGGGCAUAUUGGGAAGUUGAUUUCACUGAAGUAAAACCUGGAAGGUAUGGGUAUAAAUAUCUAUUAGUUUUUGUAGAUACUUUUUCAGGAUGGGUUGAAGCAUUCCCCACCAAGCGGGAAACGGCGCAGAUAGUGGCUAAAAAGAUUUUAGAGGACCUCCUGCCAAGGCCCUGCAGAGGGCCCACAGAGAAGUCUGGCCUAAGCUCAAAAGUCUGUACGAGUCAGGCCCGCCUCCUGUUCCUCACAACUUCCACCCGGGUGAUUGGGUCCUAGUGAAGCGACACCGACAGAGUAACUUGGAGCCGCGGUGGAAGGGCCCCUACAUGGUCAUUUUGACUACACCCACCGCCCUCAAAGUCGACGGCAUCGCCUCCUGGAUUCAUCACACCCAUGCCAAGUUGACUGAACCCCUUUCUGACAUCGUGCUUCCUGCCCUAGACGACUCUGCCUGGAGAGUGGACAGGUCUAAGGACAACCCACUGAAGAUCAAGCUUUGCCGCCGCAGACUGUGACUAUGUUCUUGCUUUUACUUUGUUCUUUCAUUCUUGCCACAACCAUAGCUGUGGCUCCAGUUUUUGGAGCCACCAACUUGAGCCCAUAUCAGCCUUAUGAAAUCACCUGGGAAGUAACUAACCCAGCGGCAAAGGU